AUGAAAUUACCAUCAUCUUCAAUUGGCAUAUUCUCGUUGCUGUGCUUGCUGGUGAACGGACUAAGAGCCCAGUUUGUGUUUGAAACACCGCCGCAACUAACACAUUUGCAAUCAUUGCAUUAUGCGCCACAACAGCAAUUGCACCAGCAACCGCAGCCGCAACAACAAAGUCCUGUACACCGACAACCGCGUUCACCCUACGGCUUGCCUUUGCAACAUCCCGCUAUGCGUACUCAACGUUCAUUAUAUGGAGGCUGGGGACCAGUUGGUUAUGGUGCCAUAGGGCCAGUUGGCCCUGUGGGAACUAUUGGCAUAUCCAAAGAGGAAUUACUUGCUCUUCUCGAAGCCUGGAAAGAGGUUGAAAAACCAGCCCCAGCACCUGCGCCAGAACCAGAGCCGGAACCGGAACCCGAGCCGGAGCCAGAACCAGAGCCAGAACCGGAGCCGGAGCCGGAGCCAGAGCCUGAACCAGAACCUGCACCUGAGCCUGCACCUGAGCCUGAACCAGCAGAGCCGCCGGCUAAUGCACCACCAGCUGGUGCUCAACCUCCACCGCCUGGUGUGCCACUUACCGUCUCAUUACCCGCUUUCGUUCCCAUACAAUUGUCUGCCAUGUAUACGGCUCCAGCGCCACCUGCACCACCGGCUGCUGAAGGUGGUGGAGCUGAAGGCGGCGCUGGCGGAGGUUCAGAAAGUGGUGAGGGUGGCGGAGAAGGUGAAGGGGAAGCAGCUGGCGGUGACGGAGGAGGUGGCGGCGAAGCGGAACCAGAGCCAGAACCCGAAGAGGAACCAGAACCUGAGCCGGAACCGGAGGUUUCAAUUGGACAUGAAAUACUUGGGCACCAUCCGCGAUUUGUUUAUUACACACGUCAGGCAGCUAAGCGUACAAAGCCUCUUACAAAAAGUCCAUUUACCCGGUAAGCCAAUAAAGGCGCUAAAGCCAGAACACUUGCUAAAACUGGCAGCCGAAAAUCCAAAAAUGCCGCUAAAAAAUCAAGAAAGGCCAAAACGAAAACUUUGACAAAGGAACGAAAUGCCAAGUUUCCCCCAAUACGCUUCCCUGUUCAAAACGCCAGACAAUAUGCAUCGGCAAAUUUCAUUGCGACUAAACCAAGAAAUUACAAGCCCACACCUCGCCUUCGCCCAAGGAGCUUUACGGCUCUGCCACCACCGCCAUUUCUUGCUAACCCACCAGCCCCAUUAAGAUUGGUGCCUUCUUCCCAAUUAUUGAGCAAUUGGGCCUAG